UAUGGUAUACUGAGAACAGGUUGAGUUGUGAGGACGAUAUCAAGGUUGACUUCCCGUGAGACACACACUGCGCAGUGCUACAAGUUCUCAACAUUAUCGAGACAUACUUGAGUUAUUCUCCACAAAGAUCUUGCCAAAUUAUUGGGAAGUACAUUGUUUCCGGUUCUGCUACUUCAUAAUUAUUAUCUGCCCGUCUAAUAUUAUGUAUUGUUGAGCUGGUUAUGAGGUAGGACAAGACCACCCGGAAAGGAUUGUGGUUGUGUUGUGAGGACCGUGAAGGUGGCCAGUGUCCCCCAGACCUGCCCUGCUGUACCUCCUGCUGUACCUCCUGCUGACUUCCUGCUGACCUCGUGACCUGCUGCUGCAUGUGGUUGUUUGGGAGAUUCAUGCGACCCAACGCUUCAAAAAUGGGGGAUCCAAUGUAUCCAAUAAUUCUAUGUCAUGGGCCCAAUAAGCAUGAAAUUUUGGUCUGGGGGGCUAUGACCCUUGGAGAACUAGCGAACAAGAUUGAUGAAGUUACUCGUAUUCCUCAUUCCAAUCAGAAAAUCAUAUUUAAAGGAAGAAACUUAGCGGAUCAUGACAUUACCUUAGCUACAUAUGGUAUCUCGUCUGGGACUAAGGUGAUGGUUCUGGGCAAGAAGUUUGAUCCUGAGGAAGAUGCCAACUUUCAGGCUGUCGUCCAGAUUGACCAUUCUUGUACCAGAGUAGAAAGAACCUUAUUUGACAUCAUCCCUCAAGUUGAUGGGAUUUCUGGUGGAUACCUUGAAUCACGUUUGUGUGGAGAAACACUGGGUAGACUGAGGAAACAGCUUCUAGCAGUUAAUGAAGAGUUUAUGCGCCUCUUGGAGCAGCUUGAUAGCAUAUGUUUUGAGGAGACCCAGACCCCAGCAAGGCAAAAGCGCAAGUCGGUUGUCAAAAGAAUCCAACAGUUGAUGGAAAAAUCUGACCAGCUUCACGAAAACAUCAAUCAGCUAAGACUUAAAUAUAAUUAAUAAUAGCAAGAAUGUAUUUUGAUUUAUUUCCAGAAAUAUAAGAACAGGGAGCAAGUUUGCUUGACUUACAGACAUAGCUAACAGUGUUUUUUCCUAAACAAUUCUAUGUUGGAUCACAAUCUCAGAAUAUUGGAGCAAUCUACCGAUAUUUCACCUCAAGAAAAAUAAAUAUUAAUGUCCUGUGUUCAGUGUAGUUUAUAUAUAACUGUUCAUGUUCUACUUUUGUUUACAUGAUAAUAUACAAAUAUGUAAGUUAAUGUACAAUGCCAAAAAACAUCUUUUUGAACUUCCCACCUAUAAGAUCAGAUACUAUUUUCAGGUGUUAAAUCUUCUUGCGAGGAUGUCCCAACAGCACGUGUUGCUGGCUCGAGUACCAGAUACUGUAUAUUAAAAAUACAUAGUGAAAAUAUAUUUUUCUGUUGUAAUAAGUACCUGCAGAUUAUUAUAAUACUAUAUUAGUUAUUAUUUUUAGUUGUGGUAGGUGUAGUUUUGCCCUAAACAAAUGAGAACAGUAUCAUAUUGACUCCUUCAUUAUAUACUUAUUUUCUAUUAUUAUUUUAUAGUAAGGCCUAGUAGUCUACGCAACGUUCAUUCAUUCAUUCCAGUCAAACGGUUUUCUUUCCCACAAAUAUUGCCAUUCAGUAAUACAAUCAAUUAUUGUACUUUUGGUUAAAUGUUGGUACCAGAAAAAAUACAAGAGGUAAAUACUAUUUCAAUGAAUUAUGUGCAAUUUAAAGGCUGCUUCCUAGCCAGCAUUGGUCCUGCCAUAUAUAUAUAUAUAUAUAGACAUAUUUACAUGUACGAGAGGGAGCUUACACACUACUGCUCCAGAGGGCACGACACGCUUCACAAGUGCUGCCCGACCUACACACUUACAUUUACCUCAACUAUAGGACAAAGAUCUUGUUGCUGCUUUACUAUUAUGUAUUUUUACAAGUGAAAUUUGUACUGUUCAUGUAUAUACGGAAUUCAAUCAAAGUCGAAGCUUUUAUGUUAUCAUAAUUUACUAGGUAUGAAUCACGAUUCAUGCAUACUAAUUUGCAUAUAUGCUUACAAGUUUUGUUCACGAGUAUAAAAUGACCAGGCUUUAGCUGAACAGGCAACACGAAACAUAGGUGGAAGUGGAGAAAUGUUAGUGAGAAUGAUCACUAGUAAAUAUAUUCAUUAACUGAUGCCAUUAUUUACAAAUAUUAAGUACUGACAAAAAUACUGACUGUACAUUUCAGUAAAGAAAGAGCCAUAGAUGAGCUAUGGAUGUAGUUAACAGAAUCAGUACACGUGACGCGUGCGAUAUAUGUAAGACAGUGGGAGGCCAAGAGAAUGUGAAGCAAAUUAUAAAUAUGAAUCAAUUUAUGUGCAUAAUGGUUGUGGAGGGUGUUAUUCAAUAUGUAAUACAGCUACAUGCAUUGCCUGUAAUACAGUACAUGUAUGCAUUAUUCAGUAAUGCAUACAACAAAAACAACAAUUGUUAUGUAUGUAGCAAAUUCAUCUGUGUGAAUAACUUGGCAUCAGCUCUCUGUGCAUCACUCGAAUACUGUAUCAAGUUAUGUCGAGUGAAGGCUUUUGGUAUAAUUUAUAAUGACAAAUGAAUAUGAAUUUGCUUUUUACGUUAUUAAUAUUUGAGCGCCAAUGACAUAUUUCAUAAAACUACAUACUAUAUAUAUAUGCCAGACAAUUGCCUAUAAAUCAGAAAUUUGAGAGGAAGUACAGCACUGAUUUAUUCCAUGAAGAAGAUGCAAACUUUUGACCUUGCGUGAACAGUCUUCUCACCUGAAGAGUACCACCGAGAAGUAGUAGUUAAAUACAUUGUAUUCUUUCAUGAAGCUAAUUUAAGUUUUUGUAAAAAAAUUGUCAUUCUAUUCAAGCAAAGUAAGAGCCAGGUGUAGCGUAUUUAAAAAAAAAAUAUGUAAAUGUUUUACAGAACACUUCAGUAUUCAUGUAAGCAGAACAUUAUAAUGUAAAUUUUGCUCAAAAUAUUAAGGUAUUUUUUCAUAAGUUUUGUUUUGCAUGAAUGAUGCAGAAUAUAAAAUUACAGUACAUUUUAUUAAUAAUUAAAUAUAAAUGUCAUGUAGGUAAAAUUGUGAGAUAUCUUUCCGAGGUGUGUUAGUAAAUAGGACGACAGGAGUGUCAGACAAGAUAUCAAGUGAGUGAAUGUGAGAGUUUCACUUUCGGGUCUACCGAUUCUUGCUACAGUUAUUGGUGUAUUACUCCAUUAGUUAUUAGCGGCAAGCUUGAGCGCAACUCCAUUGUCUCCUGAGACUGAUGGAUGCCUACUACUCCCCUCAAGCUCGAGCUUGCCACUAAUACCCUCAAAACCACCACUGCUGAAUACUUCAUAAAAAAAAUGAAAUAAAAGGUAAAUUGAACCAAUUAUUAUUUAGUACAAGGCAUGCAGGUUUCUUCCUGAAGUAAAUGAUUAUGUACUGUAUCUGAUGCAUUUAUAAGAGGGUCAAUGACUAAGACUUGGAUUUUACUGUAAAAGUCUACCUCUGGCUUAUAGGUAAAUUGACUUGAGCAUAUAUAUAGUAUGUCCAUUCUUUUCUGGUCAGUUACAUUUAUAUUACAGUAUUUUGUUUUAAUGCUACUUAUAUAUAUAUAUUAUUCUAUAUAUAUCAUUAAUGCUAUUCGUGUGUAUGGUAUUACUCUACAGUAUGUCAAUAAUGCUAAUUUCGUGUGUGGUAUUACAGGAGAUCCUCAUUAUACAAAUACUCGUCUAUCCGAACAGCCUCCCACAUCCCUGAUUUUGUAUCUCAAUCCACUAGAUAAAUAUAAAUCAAUCAAAAUGUUCACAUGACUCACUAGUUUCAUGCUGUAGCCCACAUUACCCCAGUCAACAGUACGGUGAUUACUCUCAUAAAGAGAGAAGGGGCGCAUCCGAUCCCACGAUCGUCGUCACCCCUAAAUCAACAACAACUCUCAUAAAGAGCUAAUCCUUUACUCUCAAAGUUCUAAUAGAGCAAGGUAUUUCCACAUGUAAGUGCCGGUACAAUUAGUGUCGGCAGCAAAUUAACUGUAUUGUUGUUUACCUAAAUGUUUGCCAUCCACAGCCAUUGGGUUUAUGAUCCUUAUUGUUAUUCCUUGAUGUAUUCCCCUGCCAUUGCUGUUGGAUAGCAGGCAUAGGGAAAAAAAAGGCAGGCAUUCUCAGUCAGUUAGGCAAUCUCAGUAAGACAUGGAGCCGAGUUAGGCAAUCUCAGUAAGACAUGGAGCCGAGUUAGGCAAUCUCAGCAAGGCAUUAUAGGAGUUGCCUCGUAUGGGUCAAUAGGCCUUCUACAGUCACCUUUAUUCUUAUGUUCUUAUGUUCAUAGAGUUUUAUCAGGCAGUCACAGUCAGUCUCGGUCAUUAUUCCACACCUAAGAGUCCACCCCAGGAAAUGGUUGAGGGGAUGGGGAUGGGGAUGGGUGGGUGUUAGUUGUGGGUACCAGUAGUCUUUAUGAGAGUGAAGUUUCCGAGAUGAUAACGUUAAGAGUGGUGGUUCUCAGAAGUCCUCAUUGACCCCCCAAACUCUUAUGAUUUGAACGAGACCAGAUGGUGUUUACUCUGCUGGUUGGGUGGGGGUUUGUGGGUUGGUGGUUGGUAGGAGGAGGAAGAGGUUUGUUUUCUUGUGCAUUGAAUUAACAAAUGGUUGACCCCCAGUACAGCAGCACAUGCGUGUAUUUUCAUUUAUUUAUUCAUGUAAUUAGACCUCUGCACUCUUCAAAAAUAGCUAACUUUGAUAACUUGAAUGAUGGAGUUACCCAGCUUAAUAAUAGGAUGUGUUUUUUGUAUUUCCCAAAAAUACUGAUCUGUGAGGAUUUUUGGUGAUCCGGGAACGCAAACACCCAACUCAUAGCAUUGCGCAUAUAAGAAAUCUAUUCCCGCAUUCAGAAUAAAUGUGUUAGGAAUGCAUUUUGUGAACAUAACCCGUUUGUAGUAGGGGAGACUGCCUAUACUCUGUACAGUAUGUCACUAAUGCUACUUGCGUGUAUGGUAUUAUUCUGUAUUUCAUCCAAGAAUGUCUUAUAUAAGUGAUACUGAUAGUACAUUUUACCUUUAAAUUGGGGUAUAGUUGCAUUUUUAUUUUUAUCUGAUACUUCAUUUUUAAAACCAAAGAAUAACAUUUACACCUUUGUGAAGGAAUUAGGCAUGUUUGGUUAGUUGUUUCACAUGCGAGUUCUUAUCUACACUGUUUUUGCAAUGGAAAUAUUAGACUUUUUUGAGGCAGAUUCAAAAAUGAUUUUGAAUUCAGAUUCAGAAAUGAGGCAGAUUUGGAGAGCAUGGAAUCUCUCAUUCCCUUCUCCCCUCCGCAGUUUUGACACGGUUGAUCAUUAGGAAAGUAAUUGAAUAAAUAAGGUAAGAUUAUGUAAAGGAAAUACAGAUGCAGGAUAAAAUUGGCCGAAUUGACAUGGUAAAAUAAUUUAGCAUUUGAUAUUUUUUUUAGUUAUAUUUAUCACCAGGUUGUGGCUUAUAAUUUUUGUAUCUAAAUGACUGUUAAUUAGUCAAGCUGAGGUUAGGUGACUUGGCUGUAGUCUACAUUAUAACUAAUAUUCACUUUUAAUAAUGUUUUCUUUUGAAAAAUGUUUACAUUCACAUUAGUCAAAACUCUUUGUACCCAAAUUUUUCUGUUAAUGAAAGCGAUUGCAACAAAGGAUACUCUGGUAUAUUAUAUAAUUUGAUGUUUUGCAAGGAUACCAAAAAUUAUAGUUUUUGGUUUAAACCCAAGAAAACAGUGGGUAAGAAUGCAACCUUUAAUAGGCUGCUUGAGCUGUUUUCUGAAGAAGUAAUUAAUAACUGAAAAAAACAAUGUAAUUGUACUAAUUGUUCAUUAAGUACACCCUUAACUGUGUCAAGACUUAUUUUGUAUGAUCAAGAUAUUUUUCCCAAUAACCUUGUGGUAUCAGCAAUUUACUUGAUAGAAAAUAUUUAUUUCUAUAUUCAAGGGUUCAGGUAGUACAGUCGGGUUCGUUCUCGACGCACAAUCGAGAAUUUCGGGUUAGAAUUCCAGGCGGGACAGAAAUGGCGGGGCACAUUUCCUUUCACCUAAUGCCUCUGCUCAUCCAGCAGUGCGUAGGUACUCAGGAGUUAGUCAGCUUGUUGUGGGUUUGCAUCCUGGGCAGGGUCAGUAAUUCGGUCUUGGGGGAGGGGAGGGGAGGGGGGCCCUCGAUGAAAGCCAAAACAUGUGUGAUUACACACUGGCUUCCUGUCCCCCGACACAAUGAAUUAUUAUUGUUAUUAUUUAAUAAUACAGUUGGUGAACAUCUUUAAUCUCCUACACUUAAUUUGAUGGAACACAUUCCCUAAUCUUCUGUAGCCUCUAAUUCAACCACCCUCAACUGAACCGAGUGUGCUGCCUCAGCCAGAGGUGCUCCACAUACCACAGUUCAGUGCUCAUAACUCGUGCACGUAUUUUCAUCAGUUUGCAAGUAGAGACUUUGAUGGGUGUUGGUAAGCAAGAUGUAUUUUUCAAUCUUUUUUGCUGGUAUAUUUUUGUGAAUGAACUAUUAUUUAGAUUGUUUACCAUCCUGUAUUUGUUGGUGAACAUUGUCAUGCCACAUUUCCUCACUCUUGACAGACGGGGUUGGGAAUGUUAACUAAUUUAUGAGGCCGGGAGAAGGGACGAGUUAUUCCUUUGAUAGGCAAUGUCACUAUCAUGGGAGGUCACUAUCAACGGGAGCUGGUCGGGUGAGUGGACAGCACGCUGGACUUGUGAGCCUGUGGUCCCGGGUUCAAUCCCGGGCGCCGGCGAGAAACAAUGGGCAGAGUUUCUUUCACCCUAUGCCCCUGUUACCUAGCAGUAAAUAGGUACCUGAGUGUUAGUCAGCUGUCAAGGGCUGCUUCUUGGGGGUGGAGGCCCUGGUCGAGAACUGGGCCACGGGGACACUAAGCCCUGAAAUCAUCUCAAGAUAACCAAGAUCAUGUACACUAUUUUGGUACAAAGAGUUUUCACUGGAUGUUUUCAAUGUUAUAAAAUUCAUGUUAAAUUAGAUAUUUGUCAUUUGACCAGUUUAUAUAAAUACUCUAUACUAUAUAAGUGUAUUAGAGCUACAAAAUUAUUUGUUUGCACUUUAUGCUAUUAAAAUUUCAAGAAUACCUAAAACCUGUACAGUAUUAAUAUUAUCUGUGUGACUAAAUUAUAUUCUGCAUUUUGACACCUUCACAAAGUGUAUCAGGUGGUGUUCAAUGACUUAUUGGUGUUCAUAUCUGUGUUUGUGUCGAUAUAUUACAAUAUUAUGUGUAUUCAUUAUUACAAUACAGUAUUAUGUGUAUUUAUUUUUCACAUACAUAUUCAACAUACAGAUACUGUGCAUUGUUGUUUCACUCAGGUCAUUUUGUUCUGUGGCCUUUUGUUGCAGAAAAAUAACAACAGUUUUAUUGUUGUUGAUACAAUCAAAGGUAUCGCCAGAUCGAUAUUUGUGUUGCAUUCUGAUUUUCGUCGAGCCGAGUCUCGUUCAUUUGAAACAUCACUGUAUCUAUAUGUAUAUUUAAUUUUUAUGCAUAGUCCAACAUCAUGGCAAAUGCAUAAAAACUUCCAGAUAUACUGUGCCAAUCAGAUGACACUCUUACUGUUUAAAAUGUAUUUUUAUAUAUACAGUAUAUAAUGCCAUGUAUAAACAUUUACAGUAUAGCCACUCUAUGUAUAUAAAUAAGAUCUGCAUUUCUAAACAUGAAAAAGAUUAACCAAAGCUUAAAUACAUUUUAGCCAUUUAGAAAACUAAUUCAAAAUGUCUAUAACCGAGACAAAGUGUUCCAUCAGCAUGUAAAGAACGAGUGUUUGUGUGUACAAAGUGUCAUGUAGGUUGGUAAUUUCUGAGCAGGUAAAAAAAAACGGCAGCUUGGGCUCACUGAAGAAUGAAUGAUCAUAUAAAUACACCAUGUGUGUUAUAAAUGGUGUAUGAAUUUUGCAAACAUUUGUGUACAUACGUGAAAUUUGCUUAAAUUGUUAAUAUUGUCUGUUUCACAGCGUUAAUGCUAUUUUGGCCAUUUUUUUCCUUCUUCAAAAAUUAAGAAGUCUGAGAAAUUACAAAUUUCCUGUUGAUUUGUAUCGCUCAGGUUUUUUUCCGACAUUCAGGUGGUGCCAACUGCUGCCAGUCAGUGGUGCCAACUGCUGCCAGUCAGUGGUGCCAACUGCUGCCAGUCAGUGGUGCCAACUGCUGCCAGUCAGUGGUGCCACCUACAAGUAAUUAUCCUUUCUUGUAUUGGUGAACUAGCUAAUGAUUAGCACUAUUGGGUGGACACACACCUAAAGAGGAAAAGUUCAUUGAUACUGUACUUGUAUCUGUGGCCAGCCUCACUGGCUUUAUUACAACUUAUAAAUAAUGGGUUUCCUUAUGAACUGACAUUGCUGGCUGUCAUGAAACUUGAAAAUGCUGGCUAUCUUGCAUCAUAACAUUUGAUAAGUCUCCUAAAACCUGACAUUGCUGGCAAUCCUACAGCAUGAAAAUGCUGUUUACCCUACAACUUAAUAUUGCUUGUUAUCCUACAACCAAUAUUGCUUGUUAUCCUACAACCUUGACAUUGCUGGAUGCCUUACAAUGUGACCUUUCUGACUUUUGUGAUAAAACCUGGUUUCCCUUCAGCCUUACUUGGUAGGCUUUCUUACAACCUCGUCCUGCUGGCUUCUUUACCAACUUGCCUAUAGUCUGGCCGCGUUAUUAGUAAUAGUCCAACAUAAUCAAAACUCGGUGUAUAAGCUGCUAUAGUUUGUAGUAUUAAUCGAGGUGUGCAAGAAAGCAAGUUACUCAUGACAAGUAUGUGACUGAAAAUUCUAUAUAACCAAAGUGGAUUAUUUUUUUUUUUUUUUUGAGACUGAUGAAUUUCAAGCGUAAAUUACACUUAUCAUUUUUAUAAAGCUGCCUUUGUAAAAAGAGCAUCUUUGCUUCAGAUACUGCUAUUGGCAUAGCUUAUUAUUAUAUCAGUUCUGUCAACUUUUAGGAUAAAGCAGCUAGGUGCAUCUCUUUGUUUUAAUGCAAAAUGUGAUAUUCAGAUAGGAUGUCAAAAAUGUAAUUGCAUUAUUGCAAUUUUCAAGGGUAAACACAACAAAAUGUAGUACAAAUCAAUUAUUCACUGAUAUGUCCAUCAAAUAAUUAGUUUUUGUCCGUGCCCAGAUAAGAAGGUUGUAAAUGAACAAAUCCACAAGGGCCGUGACGAGGGUUCGAACCUAUGUCCGAGAGGAUCCCAGACGCUGCCUUAAUCGACUGAGCUACGAUAUGGUUUUAACCAUGCCGUAGCUUAGUUGAUUAAGGCAGCGUCUGGGAUCCUCUCGGACGUAGGUUCUAACCCUCAACACGGCCCUUGUGGAUUUGUUCAUUUGAUGCAUCACGCUAUUGUGAUUUCUGUGUGUAAAGAAGAUUGUAAAUGACAGAUGUUAUGGUUAUUAAGGAACGUGUCCCUGUGUUGUAAAAAGGGAAUCACUUUCUCUGGAAACGUUAAUGAAUUGUCUAUUAGAAAUAAUGAAAAUACUUUGCUAUUUUUAUGUAUGAAAAUAUUUAUAAAUCAAUUUGAAUUAAACACUUUUUAGGUAAUGACUUUGAAACAUUCAUUGUAAUUUGUUUGCAGAACUGACAUAUAGGAGUCUGUGGCGGGAUGAGACACACUGAUCACAUAAUGUACUAAAGUGUACAUUAAUUAUUAUUGCAGCAUUAUUAUUUUCUGUACUGUAUUAAAAAAAAAAAGGGGGUCAACCAAAUCUUUGAACAAUAUUCUUGUCCUUGUAAUAGGCUCGUCAAGGCCGCCUGGUCAUAACUAACGAUGCCUGAUGCCGCUUAGAUUUUCAGAGUAAAAUGUUACAAUUUAAUUUCUUAUAACCCAACACUGACAUGAAAUGAACGUAUUAAUGUUUUGGUCUGUUUUGGACCCGUAUCAAGUCCAGAAAUGGACAGGCCAAAUGGACUUCAUUAUGGUCCAGGACAGGCCAAAUGCUGGUACGGUUUUCUCGUGUGUAGGGGGGGUAGGGGGGUGUAGUGUUAUUUAUUUCAGCUACAUUAUUGCAACAUUUGCUGUACCGAAUUUCAUUUUUGUUUUUACUUUGUGACACGAAUAUUGAUGUGAGGGAAGCAGUGCAAGCAAAUGUUUUCUAAAUGAUUUGGAGAAUUUUUUAUAUAAAGGAAAAUGAUGACCAAACCACACAACAGAAGAUGGAGAAACGACGACGUUUCAGUCCGUCCUGGAUCAUAAUCAAGUCUACGUGAUAAUUGUCCUGGACGGACCGAAACGUUGUCUUUUUUCCAUCUUCUAUUGUGUGGUUUGAUAAUCAUAUCCUCGGCCACGUUAUUGUGACUCACGUCUGCAUAAAGGAAUACAAUAUAUCGAUUUAUUGUGAGAUACAUAAAUGUAAAUAGUAUAGAAGGUCAGUUACCACCUUAUUAUCUUAAAUUAUCUUUAAAAAUAACAAUACUUUUCCAUUUUUCCUUGGAAGGUAGGAAAUGGGGUAGUGAUAAAUACAAUUUGAUGAAGUUUAUAAUGUUCUGUUAGUUUUAGUGUUUAAUAACUAAUCAAAAUAUAAUUACCAUCUAUUCUGCAAUCUCCUACCGAAAUAGAAUUUUCUCCUCGCCAAAAAAGAUAAGUUUAUAGUUGAGAGUCUUACUGCUGUAAGAAAGUGGGAGAGAUAACAAAAGUGUAGGUGAAGCAUAUUAUGGGAGACUACAAAUCUAAGAGUGCAUUUAUAAUACUAAUGUAUAAAAUCAUUUGUAGAGCAAGAAUGAAAAACUAUUGUAACUUCCAAAUUAUACAAUUCUUUUAUCAUGGUGAUGCUUUCUUGGAUGGUGUUGGCUCAUAGGCAUGUGUGGUGUGUGUGAUACCUGCUUGAUGGGGUUCUGGGAGUAGUUCUACUCCCUAAGCCCGGCCUGAGGCCAGGCUUGGUAAGGCAUUACAUACUCCACGUGGAUCAUUGGGAGGUUCUUGGAUAAUGUUAUUUAAUGGGUAUACGAGGUGUGGAUUAUAAAUACUACUCAGAACACUGAAGGUUUGAUGACAUGCGGUAUAUUUGUACUUCUGUAUUGCUUAGUAUUUUCACAUGUAAAACAUUCAAAAUUGUGUUUUUACGAGGCUUACAUUUAAGCCAAAAUUAAACAAAAAGUACAGUACAGUAUAAUAGUUAUGUCCAAUGUCUUUUUUUGGGAAAAGUAAGCAAAUUUGUAAUAAAUUACUGUAUAUAUCAAAGGCUAAUAAUGUUUACAGUCUGAAUUUACAACAAUUAUAUACAGGUACUGUAUAAUUUAUUUUCGACUGGUAAUGUGUGCUAUCCAUAGGCCAUAUAAAAUUCAGGAAAUUUACAGCAGAAUGACAAAAGUUUUCAAGUUCAAGAACAAUAAAAUGGAAGAAAAAUGAGAAAAUAAGCUACGAGAAAGUUGAUGGUAGAAUGCUGACGGUGCUACAACGAGCGAAUGGGGCCAAAAAGUACAAGUGUCGGUGGAGAAAGAGCUUCCCGAUGUAUUGCGUCCACAGAGGCAAUACUGACUAGUCUUCUAAUUUGAAAGUCAAGUUUCUACCAAAUUGUAUGUUUGAUGUUUUCUAAAAGGUCAAAAUAUUUUAGAGCUUUCUAGAUUAUCUACAACACAAUGGUAAAGAUGUAUCUGAAACAAAAAUAUUUAUGAAUUUUGUAUGAAAAUGAUUUUUAAUUUCUAGUACAGUACAGGCCAAAUAUGAACAGAUUUUCCAUAAGGAAAUGUGCAUGUAUUUUAUUUUAAUUUACUUAAUAUUUUCUAGAAAUUUAAAUUGUGUGGCUAAAGGCUACUAAUUGUUUUGAUCCUAAGAAUUUUGGAUAAGGAUGUACAUCAAGGCCUAGUGGUAUUGUGUAACAUAAAUACAUAUGUAGGACAAUAACUAUUAGGCAGAGCAAAGAAUCCUUGUUCAUAUAUUUAGCAUGCAGGAUUUUGCUAACAAAAAUUUAUAUAUAUAGACUUGUUCAAAAGUUAAUGAAAAUAAUGACUUAUAAAA